GUAGGCUCAGCCUGGACUCAGCAAAGUUUGCUUCAGCUGCAGCCAAGACUGUGCAAACGCCAGUGGAGUGGCAGGAUGAACACAAGCUCCGACCCGGUGGUCAUCGUCUCGGCGGUGCGGACCGCCAUAGGCUCCUUCAAUGGUGCCCUGUCCACCGUGCCUGUCCACGACCUGGGGACAACUGUCAUCAAAGAAGUCCUGCAGAGGGCCAAGGUGGCUCCAGAAGAGGUGUCCGAGGUCAUAUUUGGACACGUUUUGGCAGCAGGUUGUGGACAGAAUCCUACUCGACAAGCCAGUGUGGGUGCAGGGAUCCCCUACUCGGUCCCAGCAUGGAGCUGCCAGAUGAUCUGUGGCUCGGGCCUAAAAGCUGUGUGUCUUGCAGCCCAGUCCAUAGCUAUGGGCGACUCCACCAUUGUGGUUGCUGGAGGCAUGGAGAAUAUGAGCAAGGUAAGUGCAGAGGUGCUGACGACACUGUCCUGGCCACCGAGGGAGCAUGUCCUGCUGAGGAACACACAGAAAAGGACUCAGCUUGACCUCUGCCUGAGUGCCUAUUUCUCUCCAGGUUGGAUGAGAAAUCUCAGGGGAAGAAGAACAGCCUAUCAGCCAGGCAAAAACGUAGCCAAAAAAUGGCAAGUGAGCAGAGAGGCCCAGGACAAGGUUGCAGUUCUGUCCCAGAAUAGGGCGGAGCAUGCGCAGAAAGCUGGCCACUUUGACAAGGAGAUUGUGCCAGUGCUGGUGUCUUCCAGAAAAGGUCUUACAGAAGUGAAAGUCGAUGAGUUUCCCCGUCAUGGGAGUAACCUUGAAGCCAUGGGCAAGCUGAAACCUUACUUUCUUACUGAUGGGACAGGAACGGUCACAUCUGCUAAUGCAACAGGAAUGAAUGAUGGUGCCGCUGCUGUGGUUCUUAUGAAGAAGACAGAUGCUGAGCGUCGGAUGCUGAAACCUUUAGCACGAAUAGUCUCCUGGUCACAAGCUGGUGUGGACCCUUCUGUUAUGGGAGUAGGACCAAUUCCAGCCAUAAAGCAAGCUGUUGCAAAGGCAGGCUGGUCCCUGCACAGUGUUGAUGUGUUUGAAAUCAAUGAGGCCUAUGCUGCUCUCUCUGUUGCAAUAGCUAAAGAACUUGGAUUAAACCCUGAGAAGGUCAACAUCGAUGGAGGAGCCAUUGCCCUGGGUCAUCCUCUGGGAGCAUCUGGCUGUAGGAUUCUAGUGACCUUGUUACACACGCUGGAGAGAGUGGGUGGGACCCGUGGUGUUGCAGCCCUGUGCAUUGGAGGUGGGAUGGGGAUCGCAGUGUGUGUCCAGAGAGGAUGAGCUGCCUGACAGCCAGCACCCUUGGACAGUUCCUGUUAAAUCAGUGAAACACUAAGUAGAAAGUGAAGUCAGAGGGCCAGAGUGAGGACAGGAAUCCAGGUGGACAGCUUGCUUUAAUGUGAGACACCCAAGGCUAAGACAUUGCACCCAACAUUGUUAUAAAUAAAAGGGAAAUCCAAUCAGUCA